AAAAAAAAAAAAAAAAAAAAUUAGCGAGAGCGCGAGCGAGAGGAGGGGGGAUCGCGGCGAAAAAUAAAUAAAAUAAAGAAAACGGCAGGAGCGGCUCCAGCCGGCGGCAGCAGGGCAGCGGCGGCGGCGGCAGCCGAGGCGGAGGCAGGCGGCAGGCACGGUCCCCUCGCUCCCCGCUCGCCCCCGGCGCCCGGCCGCCCGCCUCCCCCCCGCCCCCCGCCUCUCUCCCCGGCAGCCCGCAGCGAGACGCGCCGCUCCCCAGCACUUUUUUGGGCCCGAGAUAUGGCAAUGGUAGUUAGCAGCUGGCGAGAUCCGCAGGAAGACGUGGCCGGGGGCACCCCGAGCGGCCCCAACCCCGCAGCACAGCCGGCCCGGGAGCAGCCGCCCCAGCAGCAGGGGGGCUCGGCCGCCCCGCACACCCCGCAGACCCCCAGCCAGCCGGGACCCCCUUCCACGCCGGGCACGGCCGGAGACAAGGGCCCGGGGCAGCAGGGCUCGGGGCAGAGCCAGCAGCACAUCGAGUGCGUGGUGUGCGGGGACAAGUCCAGCGGCAAGCACUACGGCCAGUUCACCUGCGAGGGCUGCAAAAGUUUCUUCAAGAGGAGCGUCCGCAGGAACUUAACUUACACAUGCCGUGCCAACAGGAACUGUCCCAUCGACCAGCACCACCGCAACCAGUGCCAGUACUGCCGCCUCAAGAAGUGCCUCAAAGUGGGCAUGAGGCGGGAAGGAUGCACAUUUCCUCUCCUUCUCUCCUUGUUUUUGUCAGCGGUUCAGCGAGGAAGAAUGCCGCCCACCCAGCCCAACCCCGGCCAGUACGCCCUGACCAACGGGGACCCCCUGAACGGGCACUGCUAUCUCUCGGGAUACAUCUCCCUGCUGCUGCGGGCCGAGCCCUACCCCACCUCCCGCUACGGCAGCCAGUGCAUGCAGCCCAACAACAUCAUGGGCAUCGAGAACAUCUGCGAGCUGGCCGCCCGCCUGCUCUUCAGCGCCGUCGAGUGGGCCCGCAACAUCCCCUUCUUCCCCGACCUGCAGAUCACCGACCAGGUGGCCCUGCUGCGGCUCACCUGGAGCGAGCUCUUCGUGCUGAACGCGGCUCAGUGCUCCAUGCCGCUGCACGUGGCCCCGCUGCUGGCCGCCGCCGGCCUCCACGCCUCCCCCAUGUCGGCCGACCGCGUCGUCGCCUUCAUGGACCACAUCCGCAUCUUCCAGGAGCAGGUGGAGAAGCUGAAGGCGCUGCAUGUCGACUCGGCCGAGUACAGCUGCCUCAAAGCCAUCGUCCUCUUCACCUCAGACGCCUGCGGGCUGUCGGAUGCGGCGCACAUCGAGAGCCUGCAGGAGAAAUCGCAGUGCGCGCUGGAGGAGUACGUGCGGAGCCAGUACCCCAACCAGCCCAGCCGCUUCGGCAAGCUGCUGCUGCGGCUGCCCUCCCUGCGCACCGUUUCCUCCUCCGUCAUCGAGCAGCUCUUCUUCGUCCGCUUGGUAGGUAAAACCCCCAUCGAGACCCUCAUCAGGGAUAUGCUACUGUCGGGGAGCAGCUUCAACUGGCCUUACAUGUCCAUCCAGUGCUCCUAGAGCCCGGCCGCAGCCCGGCGGGGACGCUGCGCGGCGGCGGAGGCGGGGGCGCGCGCACCGAGGGGCGGUCGGGGCGCGGGGGGGGCCCGGGAGGCGGACACUGAACAAAAGAACGGCGCGAGUGGGAGCAGAGGUGUGGCCGCGGUGGGGAGAGGGACGGACCUCGCGUCCGUGUGGGUCGUGGUGUUGCGGUUGGUCUUCGGUUUGGUUGGGUUCCGGUUAUUAUUAUUAUUAUUUUUUAUAUAUUUUUUUUCCGUUUUUUUUUUCUUUCGGAGAGGAG